GUCUAACGGGCACCAGCCUGUGUGUGUCAUUUAAUCAGGCAACGGCUCCGGAGUCGUUGUAGGCAGAAAUGGCGUCCAAACGCUAACGAGCAUAAUGCAUACUCACAUGCUCGAUAAUCUGUAUUGCUCAAAAGCCAUGCGCAAAUGAGUAAAUGAUAGUGCCGCUUGCAGCUGUGGGCACAGCAUGGCGACGAGGAAUGCUCACGCUGCCUAUGGCACCGGUGAAAAGCUGAUGGCACUCGCUGUGCUCGCUCUGCUCAGCGUGUGGAGCGGGCGAGCAAGCGAAGGCGUGCAACUGUCAGAGCUGGACGGACUCGCUAUCCAGGUGGACAGGUCGCCUUGUGUCUCAUUCCAGGCUGAAGACGUGGCAAUGCUCACCUCUGGCACUGGAGAGCUGCUGGGUUUGGUCACGGUGCGCUCGGGCGCAGCCCCCAGCGCUCCGUUGCGGCGCAGCGGUGUCACCUUGAUGCGGCUCGACAUACGGCUGCUGCCGCACCCACGUCGAGUGCCACCGCUCAGCCACACCGGAGCCCAGGCACCGCCACUGGAGCCCGAAAACGGCAUCUUUUUUGCCCGGCCGGCGCCCAUGGCGCCUGUGGCACGCGCCCGCCCUGACCCCGGCCGGCGCCACAGCGGGCGGGAGGCGCACGCCAGCCGCCAGCUACAGGGCACCGACCACCAGGGGAAUGGGGACGCGGAGGCAACAGGACCCGGCGGUGGAGCAAUCGGGGGAGGGGGCCUGCUUGACGCGUCGUCAGAUGCAGGCGCUGCGGCUGCGGUGUCGGCCGGGGUGUCGGAUGUGGGUGGCCGAACCGGCAAUGACACACACCCGGUUGCCAACAUAAUGGUGUCGCUGUCGCGCCGGGUGCCAGACGCCUGUCCCUCCCGCGUGCCGGCGCUGCGCGCCGCUGCAGCAGUAGACUGCAGCGACCUGGGUGCUGCCGGCGAGGAGACGCAGGCGCAUGCCGAUGGCGGCAGCGCAGGCGGCCGCCACGCGGUAGUCGUGCGGCGGGCGUCCAUGCUGGUGGAGGUACCGACCUCCCUCUUCCGCUGCGCCUCUGAUGAUACGGAGCAGACCUCGCGCUCGUUCUUUGUUCAGCUGCGCGUCGACGUGUCACGCCAGAAGGAGUGCGGCGCGGACGACUCGGAGGCCGUUUACGCGGGCGAGGCAGCCAACGAGAUCUCGCCCGGCUGCUCCUACCUAAUUGUCACUGGCGAGUGCAAGCCCGACUCCUGCCCGCCACCGCCACCGCCUCCGGCGCCCGAGCAGGUGCAGCUGCAGCUUCUGUCCCAGCAGCACCAUCAGACGCUGCAGACCGCAGACCCAUUGGAGCCGGGGCAGCAGCAGCAGGCCGCGGAAGCGCGGCAGCUGCUCAGCAUAGCGGCGGCGGUGGCAGCAGACACUGCUGCUGCUGUUGAGGCCGAAGCGAGCGCCGGAAUUGCAGCCGCGACUGCUGUUGAGCCACACAGGCACCGAGCGGUUUCGGACCUGGCGCAAGAGGUGGUGCCGGCCGACGGCGACGCAAUCGGCGUCGGCAGCGGCGUCGUCGAAGUUGUCGGAGGCAGCGGCGGUGCAGGUCAGAAAGGAGCCCGGGCAGCUCGGCGCAAGCCGGGCGAAGGCAGCGCGGGCCUGCUUGCAGUGGUUUUACACGGCCACGGGCCGGCCCUUGAUGAGGUGACCGCAACCGCUGGUGGUGCCGCAACCAGGCUUGAGGCUGGCACGGAGGCGACAAUGGACGCUGCUGCGCCGCGCGAGCUACGGGCGCGCCUAGGCGUCACCAAUCCAGGUGCAGCCGCACUGCUUGCUUCAAAACUUCAGGCAGGCGGCAGCGCUAGUAGUCGAACAAACGGGGAUGGCAGCAUGCCACCAUCAAUUGUAGGGCCGUCUGGGCACGGUGGCGACAAGGCUUGGGCCGACCCAGCAGCAGACGCACGGCGCCUGCAGCAGCAUGCCCCGGGCUGCAUCGGCGCCGAGUGCCCCCCGGCCACCCGCCGCCGGUGGCUAAUGUAUGCUGUCGGUGGUGUGAUUGGGACCACAGCCCUGGCAGCCGUGAUAGCGGCAUUUCUGAUGCGGUCAAGGACAAGGGCUGCAGCCGCAGUUGCAGCCGCCGCUGCGGCGGCGGCGGAGGAAUUGGCAUCGAUGGCGGCUGCGGCUGCCGUAGCCAAGAUGGCAGCCGCAGCCGCAUCUGCAUCUAUGGAGGCGGCUAUGGUUGAUCCGGCGGCUGCACCAUUACCCGCGCUGCAAAUCCCGGCAGCUGUAAUGGAGAUGGACGGUAAAGCCGCCAGCCCUCGCCCAACCUCGCCCACCACGUUUGACAGAAGCGGCAGCAUCGCAGGCGCGAGCCCCGCCAUUGUGGGCAGCUGCACGGCCGCAAGUGGGGACCUGUACCGGCCUAGUUGGGAUGGCAGGAUGAGCAGCAGCGGCAGCGGGGCCGUGGGAUACGCCCAGCUGGUACUGGGCCGCUCAGGUAGCUAUAGCAGCACGACCGCCUGCGCUGGGGCGUUGCCGCCAGUGCCUUACGACCGCUCCGGAAGCAGCAACAGCGCGACUGCAGCGGCGUUCCCGGCACCUUACGACCGUUCCGGAAGUAGCAACAGCACGACAGCUGCAGCGGCAGCAGCCACACCGUACAACCGCACCGGCAGCAGUACCAGCACCAAUGGCGUCGGGGCGAUGCCUAUCGUGGUCAUCAGCCGUGGUGGUGGCGGUGACACGGUGACCGCCACGUCCUCGCCCACGCCCGCUUCCUACGUGCCGCACUCCAUGCAUGCCAGCUUCUCCAGCAGUACUGCGAAUAUAUACAGCCCCCGUCGCAGCCGCUGGCUGCCACCCCAGGGCACAGCCGCCGCUGCAGCCGCUGGGGCUGUUGCGGCUGCUGGCGCCGUGGCCCCUAGGGGGUCGCCGUCACACUUCAUGUCGCAGUCGUUCACGCACGGCCAUGCCGCGCCGCCGCAGCACAUAGCGGCAGCGGGCGUACUCCACACCAGGCCGCAGCUGCCGCCCUCCUCACCCGCGUACGCGCCCGGUACUGACACGCACGCGCACACGCCGCCGCGGUCAGCUCGGGUUGGGCAGCAGCAAUAUGUCGGCGGCGGCGGCGGCGACGCAGUGGCAGGAGCUGCUGGGGCUAGCGAUAGUGGUGCUGCCGCUCCUGGCCCUCACAGCAACGUCGCUGUGGGCAUCGACAUCGAUGCUGGCGGCGGCUCAGCCGCCGCCACAGGCCCGCCGCUGCGCACCUCGUCUACGGGCCGCCUGGCCACCAUCUUUAGCAACAGCGAUGAGUCGCUGCCGGUGCUGCCUGCUGAGCUGGUCGCGGCCAUGCGGCAGCAGGUUUACGAGCGACAGGACGUGUAUGAGCACCAGCAACAGCAACAGCAACAGCAACAGGAGCAGCAGGCUCAGCAGCAAGGCCUGGUCGCACCCCUAGGGCUGCAGCCCCUUCGCAAAUUGCGAGACGGCAGUGAGCCGCAAUCAGGCUCCACCGGCCCAGGCCAGGAGCCGCCGGCGGCGCCGCGCCAGGCCUCGUCCUCCGCUGCCAUUUCCCCGUCCUGGGCGGUGGGCGGGGCCGGCAGCGGCAUCACGCCCCGUAUGGAGGCCCGGGGCCGCAACGGCAGCGGCUCUGCACCCGUAGAGCCGUACGUUCUUGCAGACAAGCACCGGCAGCAGCACCAUGAUGCGCUGGGCUCGGCCGCCUCCACCUGCAGCCGCUACUCAGUCUCCGCGCUGCAGUCGCGCCAGCACACAGAACCCGGCGGAGCAACCAGCGAGCCCGGCAGCGCGCCUGAAGCGGCGCCCGCACCCGGCAGCGCAGUCUUUUGGGUUGCUGGCGAGAACCUCAAGCAGCCCCGGAAGCUUCCAACCGCAGCACCUCUCUCGCCCAACUUCCAACAGUACGGCGCGCCAGGCGCCGGCGCCGGCAGCAGGACCCACCUAACCGCAACGGCUUCUGCCACGGCGUCGCCGCUGCGGCCGCCAGGCUCGUUUGCACGUGGUUCCAUGCACACGACUCGGCCCAGCGUGCCUGCGUCGCCAGCUCAGCAGCCGCAGGCCCACCGCCCGCCCGAGUCGCUUCUGGCGCAGCUGCAGCCACUGGGCUCGCCGGUCACACCGCCCUCCGUGGCCACACGUGACGCCAAACAGCGCCUGCUGCACCAGCAGCAGCGCCAGGUGGAGCCCGGCGCGAAGCGGGUUGGCGGCGCAUUGCUGGGUGUCUUUGACGGCGCCGUGGUGACUAAGAUCACAGGGCAAGAUGCUGCACACGCGCCGACGCACGGCACUCCUCCUCAUUCGAAGGUAUUCGUGGGUAACCAGCUUCACGCAUCCAAGUUGGACUGCGAAGCGGUGGACAGCAAGGCAGCUUUCGCAGCGGCCGCGACUGCGGCUGCAACUACGGCGGCCUUGGGCAUGCGUGGCGCGCUGUCGCCGCUGCACCGGCACGAGGUGCUGGAUGAAGCGCUGCUUCCCGCGUCGGGGCCGGCCACUGCGCAGCAUGAGAACCUGCACCUGGGCAAUGACGACGAGGACGACGGCGCGGGUAUGGGUGGGGACUGCAUGGGUGAAGACGGCGAUGAGGGCUUUGUGACCGCAGCGCUGUACGCCGGGCAGCCGCUCUCCGCAACCGGCUCCCAGUCUGGGGGCGUGCCAGGCCUCACGCUCCGCGCCAGCAGCAUCAGCACCAACCUGGCCGCCGCCGCCGCAGUCGCGGCGGCGCUGCAGCAACAGUCGCAGUCGCUGGUGGACUGGCCGGGUCCGGGGCGAGCAGCUGGAGCGACUGAGGAAGGAGCGGCAAGCUCGGCGUCAGUAGCGAUGGGCCAGGCGAGGUGGUCGCAGUCUACGGUCCCUGGCGGCGCACCGCUGGCGAGCCAGGGCAGCAUCAGCUUUGGCGGCGGCGUGGCGAUAUCGCUGCAACCUACAAUGCAGCAAGACCGCAAUGGCCGUAUGGCGGAGCGCCAGCUUCAGCCACAGCGCCCCCAACACUCCAGCGCACACGGCGAGUACGGCAUGCCGCACGGGGCCGUCACGCAUGGGAAAUCCUUUCACCGGCUGAUGGGCGGAGGCGUGGUGGGCAGCAGCCCGACCACUCUGGAUGGCGGUGUUGACCCGCAACGGCCUGGCACCCGAUUGGCGUCAUUCACUCACACGACCGGCGGCGCUGCUGCUGCUGUCGCUGCGUCGCGAAUGGGCGUCGUUACCACCACUGCGGUGGCGACGACUGCCUCCGCCUCCUCUACGCCACCCGUGUACACACGCACAAGCGCAGCUGGAUCGGGGCCGGGGGCCGGAGGCUGGAGGGGCUGGGGUGGCGUGGGCUCGGGCACGCCGCCGCUACUACAGCCGCGCAGCGGCGCGCAGUCGGCGGCUGCUACAGCCCCGACCUCGCCGUAUACGCUGAUUGGCGUAACAGCAGCAUACGUGCCAGGCGUGACGUGUACACUCCCUGCCCCCUCCUCCGACGGCUCGCCUGCUCGGGACGUGUGCUAAAACGUUGGACGGGUGGAUGAGGCCCCAAGAUGCAACCAUUGCCACAGGAAGUUGAGAAAUUUCAACCAUAUGUCGUACAUUUACUAGAACUUGGCGCUGAAACUUGCGUCAUAUGUAGCAGGGUCACAUAGCAUCUAGCAAGUAGCAUAGUUGUAGCCAGGCAACAAAUUAACAGGAUUCUCAGUUUGCCAGCAGCAUUUCAGGUAGUAGGAGAACAACGUCAUGCUCAUUUUCCGUGCAAUGUUCUUGUAUCGUUACGUUUGCGACGUUACAAGAGGGGACAAUCUGAGCUGUCAGAGCGGUCUGUUCAGCGCUAGCCCUCUUGCAUCCUUCCAGUUGUCGUCUGCCCUGAAGGUAGACCAAACACAUUGUUGCUUCGCGUGGGAACGCCGAACGUGGCGAGUGCGAGAGUGCCUCGGAUGCCCCCGUGAGUCCGCUGGCGAGGUGGGGCUGUAAUAAUGUUGCGGG